ACGGAGAGGGAGAGGGGAGGGGAGCAGAGAGAGGAGUGACUACUGAUGCUCCAGUAAUCCGUGCUGUGUGAGUCAGUGCUGUGGAGAGCAGAGCAGCAACAACAGCAGCAGCGUGAGGCACGUUUCCCUUUCACGAGAGUCAACAACGCAGAAGAGCAGGAUGGGAAAGCUGAGCGGCUGAGCGAGAGGAGGAAGUGAGCGAGCCAUAUAGAAAGCAAGACAGGCAGAAGCUGACAUUAGGAGGGCGCGAGACAAGAGGAGAGCAGAGAGACGACCGUUGGGAGAUCGCUGAAUCUGAUUGACAGCAGCGGCAAUAAAAACUAAUCCGGGGAAGAGGAAGUUUACCGUUACAUUUCAGAGGUGGCAGCAGGUUUAAGACUCGACACAGCGCAGGGAUGUCCUGGUUGUCUCCGGUCCAGUGGGCCAAAUGGACAUGGUCAGCGGUGACUGGGGGUGCCGGUGAAGAAGGGCAGCCCGGAUCUCAUGAUGACAGAGAGGACAAUUCAGACUCGGAGGGAACCUUUGAGACUCCGGAGGCAGAGUCUCCAGGUGUUGUGAAGCUACUGGGCCAACUGGACAACUCCAACCACACAGUUCUUCCUGAUAUUACAAACCACUUUUUGGAUAAGAACUUGAACCAGAAUGUGGGCCAAGUUACUUCCCAGGAGGUUGAUUCCCUGAACAACCUCACCGGCUCUUCACCUAAUGACAGCCGCUUUGGUUUGGACCAGAACCUCAACCUGACCCUCAGCAACAAACCCAGUCCCGGCCCUCUCCCCGAGUCUCAACCCCUCCGGCCUCCAUCACUGUCCGUCGUCUCCCCGCUGAACAAACCCGACCCUUCGGAGGUGGACGACCAGGCUCCAUUGACCUCCGACUCCAGCCCGGACUCAAACUUGAUCCCCGGCCACGACAUCGGCGUGCACCCUGAUUUGCUUAAUGGCAACAUGAACUCUGACGCUGUGCUGUCGAACACAAAACUAACCUGUGAGACCAGCAGCACAAUUCUCACGAACUCCUGUAAAGUGAAGCAGAACCAGCCGUUGCAAGAGGACUUCAUCGGAAAGGACGACCAUCAUGGAGGCCACGCCACGGACGAGGAGAAGCUGGCGAGCAGCGUGGGUGUCAAACCAGACAAGGAUGAAAGCAGUCCAGACUGCCAUGUGACACCGAAACCUGAGGACUCAGACUGCUGCUCUAUGCAGUACGAGGAACCAUGUAAGCUGAAGUCGGGGGGAAGUGAAAUGCAGAAAACAGGAAGUCAGGUGCUGGAUUCCAUCUGCAUCAGCGAGGCAGAGAAAGAGGCCGUGCUCACCCUGAUUAGAGAGGAGAUCAUCACUAAAGAGGUGGAAGCAAACGACUGGAAGAAGAAGUGUGAGAUCAGCAGACAAGAAGUCACUGAGAUGAGGAAGAUUGUUGCAGAAUAUGAGAAGACAAUCGCUCAGAUGAUCGAGGACGAGCAGCGCAACAAACAGACUUCCCAGAAGGCUUUGCACGACGUGACGAUGGAGAAGGAAGCUGCCUUGGCUGACCUGAACUCCGUGGAGCGCUCUCUCUCUGAUGUGUUUCGUCGUUAUGAAACAAUGAAGAACACUCUGGAGGGCUUUAAGAAAAAUGAGGAGGUGCUGAAGAAGUGUGCUCAGGAGUAUCUGGCCAGAGUCAAACAGGAGGAGCAGAGGUACCAGACGCUGAAGCUCCACGCUGAGGAGAAACUAGACAAGGCCAAUGAGGAGAUCGCUCAGGUGCGUACAAAGGCGAGCUCAGAGAACAUGGCGCUGACCGCCAGCCUGAGGAAGGAGCAGAUGAAGAAUGAGUCUCUGGAACAAGCUCUGCAGCAGAAGAAUCAAGAGAUCGAGGAACUCACCAAGAUCUGUGAUGAGCUGAUUGCCAAAAUGGGCAAAAUAGACUGAGCGACGCUCCCUGUGAGUCCCUCCGGUCCUGCCUAACAGUGACGCCCUGUGCAUGCACCCAGCCAAGAAGCAGCUCUCCUACCCUCUGCCAGCCCCGCAUCAGAGACUGCUCAUGUACAGAUGUCUGAAGUAACUUCCUGUAAUACUACAAUUUGCACUACUAGUGACCAGAUUAAGACGAGUCUGUACAUGCUAACUGUUGUUUGGACUCUGUUAUAUGUUCGUGGUCACAUUGUUUUGUUUUUUCGCCAUCUGGGCCUCUUCUGCUCUCGCCCAUCGUGCCAGUGAACAACCUGCCCGUGACUCAACUUUAAUUCCCAGCAGCUUAGCAGAUAAAUUCCCAGCGACUCCUCCAACAGGAUGACAUCAUGCAGGCUGGGGUUGUCUUGGAGUCGCAUUUAAGCAAACUAUCCUGACAACAUUUGUUUUAUAUUAAAGCUUCAAUCCAUAAAAUGUAUUUUUCUAUGAAGUAAAUAAGGAUUUUACUCUGAAGGAGCAAAGCUCAGGGGUAUUGUGUUGAGCAGAAUGAGGUCAGGGUUAAAGUCAAGCUGCACAAGAACUGGAGGAAAGGAUUUAGGAUUGUUUGAGGAAAUACAGUUUAGGAUUAUUGACGAAAUACAGUCGUCCUCUGAGGCUUUGCUUUGGUAAGGAGUGACACUGAGACCGCAACACGUGUGGACCACAUGUCAGUGAAACUAAAGCUGCAAAUAAUUCACAGCCUUUGUUUUUUACCCUGUGACACCACAACCCAGAGCAUCAGCCACAGAGAAAUAUAAUAACCUGACAAUCAUAGACUUUCCUGUGAUUCUGCAAAUAUCCACAAAGUCAGUAAAGACACAACUUUAUUCUGAAGAGGUACGUUAACUAUCCUGUGAUAAGAAUCCUGAUCAAGUGGAAAUAGUUUUACAGUAAUGACUCUAUAUUUUGGUUGGAGAUAUUUAAAAAAAACCAUCACUGUGUCACAGAUUGAGUAUCAAGUAAUCACAUUUACCUCUUUGCACAAGAAGAGUUUGAGAGCUUUGUGAGAGUUUCUGUCUGUUGAGUAUUAACAGCACUGCAACCAGUUAUUCUGCAGAUAAACGUUUUUCUCUGCAUGUUUAUUUUCAUAGCUUUGUAUUUCUCAAAAUGCAGAUUGUUUUUCUUAACAUGCCAGUAAAAUCUAGUUGUGUUGUGAGUAAAAAGGCUGCGACUUAGAACUGGUGCCAACGUGAUACCAGAGUUCUGAUUUUAACACUUUAUUGUUUUGUUUCUUUUUAGCUUCUCGCCUUUUCUGUUAAGAGGAUAUUUUGUGUGUGGUUUUUUUUCCGCUUAACAAAAUAAGCCAAACAUCUCUCAGGGCUCCCCCGCUCGUCCUGGAAAAUCUGGAAGACCGUCGACCAGUUUUCCAGUCACAGAAAAUUAGAGAAAAAGCAGAAUGUCCUGGAGAAUCUUGUGACCUGAAACACAAUCUAAACUCCCCAAAACUACACAAUACAGUAUGUAUGUAUGUAUUAUUGUUUUAAGAGACUUCUUUUUUAUAUUUACUUGAUGAAAGUAAAACUUCCAGCAGCCUGUAGUUGCUUGUGUUCGUGCAGCGAUGGAUAAUACACUGUAGAUCACAGGAGAAAAAGGCAUCAGGGUUAUAAAUUGAUUAAUUAAGGAACAUAUUCUGCAACAUCGAUGUUCACUGAAGGCUUCACACAAACUACAGUGUAAAAUAGAAAAUGUGUCAAAGAAACUGAAACUAAAAAGUGAAAAGACUAAAAAUCUGAACUUUUGAUACUUCACAGUUUUCAGCAUUCAGUUUAUGAAGUUUGUCACUGCUGUUAAAGUUUUAAUAUCUUGACCACCAUGUAAAUCCACGUCUGACACAAACACACUGCCGGUUUAUAUUUUGUGCCACUUUAAUAUUGUUUUGCUGCUUUUCGGCCGGUUCUUUAACUAUUGUUUGUAUUUGUAAAUUAGAAAAAAGGCGAUUUCACAUUUAUGUUGACACUUUGAGGACCAGAUGUACGUGAGUGUACAUUUGCUUGAAUAAAAAUAAACAUUAUUUGUUCUACGAUAA